UAUUAAUCCAGGCAGUAGAGUAGUCUGUCUGUGAACAUGGAGACAGUCAGCAUGUUAGUGAUUGUCCUGUUUGUUUCAGGUGCUUUGGCUGGUUGUUCUGAUAAAACAGCACUCUCCAUAACUGCACCAAAGCAGCUGGAAGCACUGAGUGGAUCUUGUUUGCAAAUCCCAUGUAGCUUCACACCCAAAGCAGGACAGACAUUUGACAGCACAAGAAAAACCUUUGGAGUGUGGAUUAAAAAUCAAUCCCAAUUUGGCAAUAAUAAAGGCAAUGUGAUCUUCAACAGUAGUGGAGCAGUUAGCACCUCUCCAAUGAGUAUUACUGGGAACCUGAGUCAGAAAGACUGCACCACUCUGUUUUCUAAUUUAACCACCACAUACACAGACACAUACUUCUUCAGAGUAGAGAGUGAACCAUUCAAGGCGACAGCUGCUUGUGAUCCUCUUCAAAUAACAGUCAGAGAUUCUCCUUGGAGGCCCAAUAUUACAAUCCCAGGUGAUCUGAAGGAGAAGGAGUCUGUCACUAUAACCUGCUCAGCUCUCACUCCCUGUCCACACUCCCCUCCUCAACUCACCUGGAAUCUCACACAAGAGUCUCACAACAAAAUAGAGGAAAACACAGAUGGAAGCUUUACAACUAAAAUCCAGCAGACCAUCACUCUGUCAGACACACAUGAUGGAAAGAAGAUCAGCUGCUCUGCCAGAUAUCCUGUGAACCAAGGAAAAGACACCAAGACAGCAGAGACAGAAGAGACUCUCAGUGUUUCAUAUGUUCCCAAAGACACCUCAGCAUCCAUCAGUCCAUCAGGUUUGGUGUCAGCAGGCAGCUGGGUGAAGCUGACCUGCUCCAGCAGAGCCAAACCUCCAGUCAGCAGCUUCACCUGGUUCAAGAAGAGCAGAGAUGGAGCUGUGAAAGUAUCUGAAGGAGAGAUUUACAGCUUCAAUGUAACAGAUGGAGGAGUUUAUUACUGUGUGGCCACUAAUGAUCUGGGUAAUCAGACAUCAGCAGAGAUUCAUGUGACUGUUGCAGAUGCUCCUAAAGACACCUCAGCAUCCAUCAGUCCAUCAGGUUUGGUGUCAGCAGGCAGCUGGGUGAAGCUGACCUGCUCCAGCAGAGCCAAACCUCCAGUCAGCAGCUUCACCUGGUUCAAGAAGAGCAGAGAUGGAGCUGUGAAAGUAUCUGAAGGAGAGAUUUACAGCUUCAAUGUAACAGAUGGAGGAGUUUAUUACUGUGUGGCCACUAAUGAUCUGGGUAAUCAGACAUCAGCAGAGAUUCAUGUGACUGUUGCAGAGUCCACACUGGUCCUACUUCUUGGAGGAAUCUCUGGGAUCAUCUUACUCAUUUGUUUGAUAAUCUUUCUUUGGUGGUCAAAGUCAAUGCGUCGAACUCAACAACAGACUCGGAUUCAACCACAUGAAGAGCGGGUCGUUGAAGGGCCAGCAAAUAACACAGAAAAAGAGGAAGAAAACAUCCAUUAUGGAGAGAUCAACUUCUCUAAGCUGGGAUUUGAAUCACCCUCUGACUCAGUGCAGGACAGAGGACAGCAGCAGGAUACGGUGUACGCACAGGUGAAAGUCAACAAGCAAGAAAACAGCUUGACACAGAGAGCUCAUGGCCAAGAGGAACUCUACGCUGAGGUGAAGAAAAAAUGAGAAGUAUGUGUUUACAAACUGUAAAGAAUGAAAUAUGAAUGUGGAGCCUUUACGUGAAAAUGUGUCAUAGUCACUGCCAAACCGUUCAGUGAAGUAAAAAAAAGCUUUUUUUAUGUUCACCCUCCUCUACUAAUUUCAUACGGCUGUUUUCAGAUUUUGACCUCUUAUGAUAUUAAAUAUGCGUAAAUAGAAGUUGCAGCAGUUCAGCAGGGAACAGUAAAAUGACUGGUACUUAUAUGCAGUGUUGAUCAAGUUACUUGAAAAAAGUAAUUAGUAACUAAUUACUGAUUACUUCUCCAAAAAGUAAUCCCAUUACUUUACUGAUUACUUAUUUUCAAAAGUAUUUAGUUAC